AGACUAGACCCACCCACCACCACCACCACCACCACCUCCGUGCUUCACAUAAAUACUACUUUCACCCGGCUUUUUUCUAGCCCAACACCUUUCGCCUUAUUUAUAUAUUUAUUUAUCCAAUCCAAUCCAAUAUAUUAAUAAUUAAUACUCAAUAAAUUUUAUGAGCCUAUAUACAUUAUAGGGCUGGUAUUUUCUAGGGUUUUCAGUUUAUCACUCCAAUUACCAUAUAAAAUUAAAAUAAAAAUUAAUUAUCAUCAUCCCCUUGUUAUUUACAGCUAAUUUCUCAGCUCUCAAUCCCUCACUCUCCUUAUUCUUUAGACUGCUAUACUGGAACUUCAUGGCAUAUAUUAAAUUGCCUGCUCUUCGUGUAGACUUUAGUUAGCAUGUUCAAUAAUCCUGUUUCACAGACAUCACCAAUACCCAAUUGGAAAAUGGAACCAGUUUGGAAUAGCGUAGGUUUACAGAAGCCAUUGCUACCUACAAAACGGAAGGCAUCAACAGAACCCCUGUCUCCUAUUGUUGUAGACAAACGAGUUGCACAAAUGGAGCCCCAUGCGAAUAAAAGACAUACACAGCUCCAAAAAUCUGGGUCUCAAAGGGCGCAGACACCCAAGAAUAAAACUGCUACUCAAGAAAUCUCUCCCAAGGUUCAGAGUGGGUCGUCUGAAGCAGUACGGUCCAAGAUGAGGGACACAUUAGCUGCCGCAUUAUCUGUUGGCAUUCAGAAUCAAGAGAAAGCUUCUAAUGAGGAGAAUAAUUCUCCAUCUGAAGCUGGUAUAACUAACGUGGAUUCUCAACCAGCUGAAUCUACUACUACUAAUAAGCUUGAAGAUUGUGAAACUUCUGCAUCCGAGAACAUUCAAAAUACGAAAAAUGAUGUGCAGGAACCUCAAUACAACUAUGUCAUGCCUGAUGCUGAUGGUUCAUUUGGAGACACUUUUUUUGUGAAAGAUGAACUUUUACAGGGAAAUGGGCUUUCCUGGGCAUGGGAUAUGGAACAAGUCCAAAUUGAUGAAAAAUCUAACAAUGCGGUGGCACAGAGACAAAGUGAUGAUGUAGUUGUGAAUGCAAAUGAGACUGAAAAUGAUGUUAAAUCUCCUGAAGAAUUAGCCUCAAAAAUUGAGGCAGAGUUAUUCAAGUUGUUUGGAGGGGUGAAUAAGAAGUAUAAAGAAAAGGGAAGGUCUUUAAUGUUCAAUUUAAAAGAUCCUAGUAAUCCCGAGUUGAGAGAGAAGGUUCUAUCUGGUGACAUCUCACCCGAAAGAUUGUGUUCAAUGACACCGGAGGAGCUUGCAUCCAAAGAACUUUCUGAGUGGCGGAUGGCAAAAGCUGAAGAACUAGAUAAAAUGAUAGUUUUACCGGACUCUGAUGUUGAUAUCAGACGUUUGGUUAAGAAAACUCACAAAGGUGAGUACCAAGUUGAGGUUGAACAAGACGAUGCUGUUUCAGUUGAGGUUUCUAUUGGCGGAUCGAGUUCAUUUACUCAGUUUCUGCCAAAGAAGAAGCAAACUCAAGAAGUGAAAGAAAAAGAAAUCACUGAUGGUGACAAUAUUAGUUCAGAAAACCUUACCAUUCCUGCUGAUGGGACUGAUUUUAUGCAAGAGCUAAUCGUAGAGGAAUUUAAAGAUGAGGGCUUUUUACCUCCAAUUGUCUCUUUAGAUGAGUUCAUGGAAUCCCUCAAUUCCGAGCCACCCUUUGAGAACUUGCCUGUAGAUUCUAAGGAAUCUAAAGCUUUUGCAGACAAAGUCGACUCAGAAACCGGUGAUAAAACUGACAGUGAAAAGGUGUCAUCUAAACCAACUUCUGCAGAUCCUCUAGAGGUUGACCCACCAAAAGCAAAAAUCACGGAGGCAUUAUCAAGCUUGAAAACUAGUGACACCUCUGUAGAAAGAAAAUCCAUGCCUGCUUCUGGUGCGGUUAUAGGGGAACGUGUAUGGGAAGGUGACUUGCAACUGACAAUAUCUUCGUCGGUAUCGGCCAUUGGACUAUUUAGAAGUGGUGAAAAAACAUCAACAAAGGAGUGGCCUGGUUCAAUGGAGAUUAAGGGAAGAGUGAGACUUGAUGCCUUCGAAAAGUUCCUUCAAGAACUCCCCAUGUCUAGGACCCGUGCAGUCAUGGUUGUGCACUUUGUUUUAAAGGAUUUGUCUUCUGAGGCUCACCGCACCGUGCUUUCUGAGGCGGUGGAUUCAUAUAUAGGAGAUGAGAGGCUAGGAUUUGGCGAACCAAAUCCUGGAGUGGAACUUUAUUUCUGCCCGCCUCAUACAAAAAUAAUAGAAAUGCUCUGCAGGCACCUUUCCAAAAGCCAGAAUGAUAUACUUAAGCCAACUGAUAAUGGCCUAAUUGGAGUGGUCGUAUGGCGAAGACCUCAUAUUUUCAACAAUUCUUCAACAGCUCAACAUAAACGUCAUAAAACGCAUAACAUUCCAACUAGGAGACAUGAAACUGUAAAUUCCAAUAAAAGUUCGAAUUUCACAGCUCACCCUGUUAAUCAUAAGCUUCCCCCACAGCCCAAUAAUAAUAAUAAUAAUGCCGAUGAGGAUGAUGAUAUUCCUCCUGGGUUUGGUCCUGGGGUGGCUGCUGCUGCCCGGGAUGAGGACGACCUUCCCGAAUUUAAUUUUUCUGGUAACUCCAACUCAUCCGGGCAAAAGAUCCCGGGCCAAGUUGGGUUCACAGCCCAAGGGACCCAAUCUAACCCAUCUAGACCUGUAGAUCAUAUGAGAGCGCUUAUUUAUAAAUAUGGUCAGACUGCAAGUAGUGAUAAUAGUACUAGACAAUGGAAUAAAAAAGACGAUGAAGAUGAUGACAUGCCAGAAUGGCAACCACAACUUCCCCAAAAUCACCUACGACCAGAAGUUCCCAUACAUAGCAUACAUCAGCCUUUCGUGCCCAAUAUGGUCAAUCAAAUUGGGGCACCCCAAAUAGGACAAGUUGCAAGACCGCAUAUGACUGUGCAACCUAAUGUUAAUGUGUUGCAAAGUGUAGUUAGAUGGCCGCCGCCACCACCAUCAGAUCCUCAUAUGUUACCCCCUAAUAAUGGUGUUGUGCCAGGGCAGCAUUAUGGUGGGCAGUGGAGGCUGGAUGCGCCUAGGAGUAGGGGUUUUUGAUUCUCAUUGUAUAUAUUUCAUAUCUUUGUCAGCAUUAGUUAUUUGUGGUAGUACUUGGACCAUUAUUUUCCCGUUUAUUUUCUUUCAAUUUAUGUAUCGGAUAAAAGUUUAAUGUUUUAACUUUUAAGAACACCCGUUUAAAUAAUUGUCUUAAUUACAAUUACCGGAAUACUGAUGCCAAA